UUGUUUCCAGUGCGCGCGAGUCAUUUGAAACAGUAACACCACGCUGUUUGUCACAAGGGAUAUUCAAUCAUAAAGCACUAUCUAAUCAACGAUCGUUACUUAAGUAAUCAGUUGGCCGCUGACCGCAGAGAGCGCUGGGCGCCCCUACAACCGCUUCAUACGAAUUACUAACUACGCGAACAGCGAACGCGCGCACAUGGCGAAUUACGAAAUUGUUGACUUCAACUCUUUGAGUGAAACUGUUCAAAAUCUGUUAAAAAGAGCAACUGAAGUAAGAGAGAGAGCAUAUUGUCCGUAUUCGAACUUCAAAGUCGGAUGUGCCUUACUGACUGAAGACGGAAAUAAAGUGUAUACAGGAUGUAACAUAGAGAACUCGACGUUGUCGCCGACGCUGUGUGCUGAGAGGACGGCCAUCGGGAAGUCAGUCUGUGACGGAUAUGUCAAGUUUAAGAUAGUGGCGGUGGUGGCCCACCAAGAGAACUUCACAGCUCCGUGCGGAGUAUGCAGGCAGACGCUCAGCGAGUUCCGCGGCUCCGACGGAGAUAUGGAGGUAUACCUCGGCAAGCCCUCCCACGACAAAGUUCUCCGCACCAAACUAUCCAACAUCUUACCGUUGGCAUACGUCAGCUACAAGAAAGAUAGCAUAUUAUCAUAAUAAAACUCACACAGCCUCAACUAAUAACAAUAAAUUUGUAAUAAUGACCAAAUAAUUUAUACGAAAUUAAACAUUCAAAAAGC